UCUUGUCUUCAGAGCAGUCUGGUUCACAAUGAGUAGCUGGCUUAUUCUUCUGUGUUUCACAGUAUUUAUUUCUUGUGAAAAUGUUCUGCCUCCACCAUGUGACAGUGAAAUUUAUUGCACUGGGUCCAUCCUGGAUCAAGUACAGAAAGCCAAACUAUAUGAUGAUGACAAGUACUUUGUUGACAUGAAGCUUAAAGUCGCCCCUGAUAUUAUUUUAUCUGCAUUUAAAAACCUCUCGAGUGUUUCCCCAACUGUCCCGCGAGAAAAACUGCAGGAGUUCCUCAAUAUGUAUUUUGAGAAACCAGGCACAGAAUUUGAAACAUGGACCCCACCAGACUGGCACAGCAACCCAGCAUUUUUAAACAAAAUAAAGGACACACAACUGCGUGAAUGGGCUCUCAAUAUCCAUCAACUCUGGAAACUACUUGGCAAAAAGAUUCAGGACAGUGUUAAGGAUCAUGCUGAGCUCUACUCACAGAUUUAUAUGCCGUACCCUGUCGUGGUGCCUGGAGGACGCUUCAGGGAGCUCUACUAUUGGGACUCCUACUGGGUCAUCAAUGGACUGUUGCUUUCUGAGAUGAGAGACACAGCUAAAGGGAUGAUCCAGAACUUCCUCCACCUUGUUGAUAGAUAUGGCUGCGUUCCAAACGGUGGGCGGAUUUACUACGAGCGCCGCAGUCAGCCUCCAUUCCUCACUCUUAUGGUGGAGAGCUACUAUCAGGUCACCAAGGAUAAAGAGCUCCUCAGGGCUGCUUUACCCAGACUGGAUCAGGAGUACUCGUUUUGGAUGCAGAAUCGCUCUGUUUUGGUGAGCGUGAAUGGCAACAACCACAGUCUCAACAGAUUUGACGUCCAGGUAGGAUUGCCAAGGCCUGAGUCUUACACAGACGAUCUGGAGCUGGCUGAAGGACUCACGGAGGCUUCUAAGCAACAGUUGUGGAUGGACCUUAAAGCUGGAGCAGAGUCUGGAUGGGACUUCUCUUCUCGUUGGUACAUUAGCAGUACGGGUCAAAACUCUGGCACCCUCAAAGACACGCGCACCAGCCAAAUCGUGCCCUCUGACCUCAACGCCCUGCUGUGCCGCACUGAGAAGGUGCUGGCUUCUUUUCACCGAAUCAUGGGCUCUAAUGAGUCAGCAGUGCAGUAUGAGCAGGCAGCACAAAACAGACUGCGUGCCAUGGAUGCAGUGCUGUGGGACGACCAGCAGGGGGCGUGGUUUGACUACAACUUGCAGACAGGUUCUAAACAUUUGCAAUUCUACCCCUCCAACCUGGCACCGCUCUGGGCCGAGUGCUACUCUGAUGAGAAGGCACACAAGGCAGUGGAGUAUCUCAAGGGGAGUGGUGCGCUCAAGUACCCAAAUGGAGUCCCUACAUCACUGGUGGAGUCCGGGCAGCAGUGGGACUAUCCCAAUGCCUGGCCUCCUUUGCAACAUAUGCUGAUCGAGGGUUUAUCUAAGGUGCCUUCAGAAGACGCUAAGCAACUUGCAGAAGACUUGGCACAGAAGUGGAUUCGUACAAACUGGAAGGCGUACACCACGUAUGAAGCCAUGUUUGAAAAGUAUGACGUGAAUGGGGAUGGUAAACCCGGUGGUGGAGGGGAGUAUGAAGUCCAGCUUGGCUUUGGCUGGACUAACGGUGUGGCCCUUCAGCUGCUGGACCAGUACGGAGCCUCUCUCACCUCGGGCAGCAGACACAGCAGCCCUGGCCUCCUCCUCAUCUUCCUCCUGCUCCUCUCGCUCCUCUUCACGCUCCACUGACACCACAGUGACAUGGAGCACACCUGGAGGCUCUGUUUUAGUCCAGCUUUCAUUGCACCACAUCAGUCACUACAGCUUCUCUGCUACGCUGGAACUAACCACCAACAGCUAGUACAGUAUGUGUUGUUUUGCAUAAGAUCAUUUAAUGCCAUUGAUUUUGUAGGUACUGUAAUAUUAAAGAGAUAUAUUAGGUAAAAUCGACUGUUAAGAGCUUGUUGUAAUGAUGUUGCACGUUUGUGUAAUAUAGUAGUGCCCUGCAGUCGACCCCCUGUUUCCACCCUCUGCUCACUAUUUACUCCCAUGUUGCCAUUUUGCAGCAAUUAAAACAAUUAAGUCAUUUUAGAUCAAUAUUGUAAUUUAAAAUGAACAAAAAAUGUACAUUAAUGACCCAUGUUUGCUGUAGUCGAAUACUAAAUGCCCCGUUUUUAACCAACAAUUUGGCAGUGUUGCUUGCAUUAUAAUACAAAGUUAAAAUGUAAAAAAAAAAAAACUUUCAUAAAAUAAAAUGAAGAAAUCAAAUUGCAUUAUUCAGUUGAUAAUAGGUUUUCAUGCUUGAGCUGUGCUGCAUAUGUGAUGGGGAUUCAAAAUGGCCCAGAAAUGGAUAUCGCUUACAGUGUGUAAUAAUCUCCGGCAUGUUAUCAAAUUAAUAAAUAUGAGCACUGGUUAUCUAAGCAUUUAUAGUUAAUUUGCAUUGAAUUAUUUUUCUUGGGCCUAUGAUCUGAUUAACUAAAGAAACGCAGCAGGAUUUAAAACCAGAAAGAACAAGAACAACUCAUUUCUCCAUUGUUCAAGCCUUUUCUCCAAAUAUAGGUAACGUUAACCAUCCCUUAUAUAUACAGUUCAACAUCUUUUAUUGUAAAUCAAAAGAAAUCAUACUAUUUAUUUUUAAAAGAACAGCCUUUGACCCAUAGCGAUUUCCGUUAAAGGAGGAACUAAAAUUUAAAUGGAAACCAAAGACAAAGAAAAAAGUCAUUUCUACUGUACAGUUUCUGCUUGUGCAGCUAUGUCAAAAUCCAGGUCAAGCAUGAAAUUAAGUCCAUACAGACAUCCAAAUACUUGUCACCAAAAGUAAUGAGAAAUAUGCCUUUUGAGGACGAAUUUGCAUCCCUUUCGGCUGUGGUAGAUGUACAUUUCUAAGUAGGGAUUUCAGUACGUCUGCCUCUUUAGCCUGAAAGCGCACAGCAGAUAGAGUGUGCUGCUUAAAUGGGUAAAAGGCCAAUGAGCAGUGGUCCAUGCUGUCCCAAAGAUCACCACGGUAAUGUGCUAUUGUAAGCCUCCAUCUACAUGUCAUAUCAGCUGCACUGGCCCAUCCCACGCUCUGAGCUGUGACACCCGCCAGGCAGCAGCUGGGAGCACUACAUGUGUUUAGACAGAUUUAGCAGCAGGCAAAGGCAGGCAUUAUGUUUGACCCUCACUGACACAGCUAAAUCAAGUAGACACUACUC